AUGUCAAUAGGGAUCGAGCGUUUUAUGGCGAUUUGUACUCCAAUGAGAAUCAAUAGGUUAUCGAAGAAGACUUCAAGAAUCUUUAUAUUAUCUGUUUGGAUAGUGGCUGCAAUUUUCGCUGCACCUUACCUCAUUUAUCAUCGAGUUUUUAAUCGUGGCAAUAUGGUGCAUUGCUUAUGGAGUUUCAACUUGUCAUCGAAAAUCAGGUUAUUCUUCAAGUUUGCCGAAUGCAUUGUUUUAUAUUUUUUGCCAUUAAUUUUACUGACAAUAUUAUAUUCGAUAAUGUGUGUAAGGCUAUGGGGUAAAACGAAGAAUAUUGCCGAUGAAAUGCAACAGUCGGCAAUUCUCAGCCUUCGCCGUUCCGUUGUUAAAAUGCUUAUUGUUUCAAUGCUGUUAUAUUUUAUUUUCUACUCGCCUAUCCAAGGAAUACGUCAUUUUAAUGAAUAUUUUGUUCUCAUUCCAAAUGCAAGAAAGUAG